AUGAUCAUCGUUGUCGAUGCUGAGGUUGAUGCAAGAACAGCGCUCCAAGGAAGCAAAGAAAGCAGAGGCCACGUUGGCACCGACCCAGUUGGCCAUUCGAUCCAGUUUGUCACACGACAUGAACCCACAGGAGUUGAUGUUAUUGUUGCUGCUGCCGUUAACGUUGUCCAUUUUGGGUGGUUCCUAAUCAAACUCUGUGUGUGCAGAGAGAUGAAGAUUGUGAGAACAAUAGUACAGAGAGAGUGCUAUCAAUUUGUUCUUUUUCCACUUUUUGACUUUUCUUCAUCAAUUCAAUUUCAAUCUCUUAGGUUUUUAUCCAAUUUCAUGCCUCAAUUUCCGUGUAUAUACUAG